AUGGAAGAUGUUAAUAUAUAUCAUGAAAAACAACGUCUACAGUUGUGUUUAUUGCAUACACUUAACAAUCUGCUGCAGAAGGAAGCAUUUACAAAAUAUGAUUUGGACUGUAUAGCUGAAUCUUUGCAUGAUUCUCGUUGGUUUAAUAGACAUCGUUCUAUUUUUGGUACAGGAGACUAUGAUGUUAACGUACUGAUAGCUGCACUCGAAACUCAUCACCUUCAAGUUGUUUGGUUCGAUGCAAGACGUUCUACGGCUGAUAUUGAUCAGACCAAGGUGAUUGGAUAUAUUUUUAAUGUAAAUUCGAGAGGGUGGCUUCCUUUAUUCAGUGGUCGACAUUGGUUCGCCGUUCGUGAAGUUGGUUCGGCAGGUUUCUUCAAUUUUGACUCGAAAAAGUCAGAGCCUGAGCCAAUCAAAGAUUUUUACCAAUUCGCAGACAAAUUGUUGGCUGAAGGAAGUCAAUUAAUGUUGGUCGUCAAACCAGAAAAUGCUGGAAUCUGUAUGCCAUAA